UGUCAGGUCUGCGCGGCCGGGAUCGCCACCGAGCUCGCCCGUUGUCCCUGCCCGCUGCGUCCUCAGCUGGCGGGACCGACCGACGGCAACAGACUGAUUAGUCCCAGUCUCUGCUGUAGCCUAUGCCCUGUGGCUGCGGCGGCCGCUUCCCCACAUCCCAGAGCCCAGACAGGUGCCGCGCGUAGGGGUUUCUGGGGAUUCCCUGUGACCCCGGGAGACGCCCGCUGUGUCUCGCGGACCUCAAAAGCUCAGUCUGCUGCUCGCCGUCGGGGCGUUCCCUGGCCGGGCUGCGGAGCAGAUGCGCGCGGGCUGAGUACCCCGGACCGGCCUGCCAUGGCCUGGCGCCCCGCCCAGCUCUGGCUCUUGGGCCUGGCGCUGUGCGCGCUGAGAGGCAGCCCUGACCCGCGCCCCCUGCACAACUGUCCCCAACGACGGCUGGGCGAUCGAGAACACCGCGACAUGCAGCGUGAGAUUCUGGCGGUGCUCGGUUUGCCCGGGCCACCCAGGCCCCGUGCGCCACCUGCUGCUGCCCGGGUGCCCGCAUCUGCCCCGCUUUUCAUGCUGGACCUCUACCGCUCCAUGGCUGACGACGACGAUGAGGAUGGUGGGUCCCCGGAGCGACACCUGGGCCGCACCGACCUGGUCAUGAGCUUUGUCAACAUGGUGGAACGUGACCGCGCCCUGGGCCACCAGGAGCCCCACUGGAAGGAGUUCCGCUUUGAUCUGACCCAGAUCCCAGCAGGGGAGGCUGUCACAGCUGCAGAGUUCCGGAUUUAUAAGCUGCCCAGCACCCACCCCCUCAACACGACGCUCCACAUCAGCAUGUUCGAGGUGGUCCAGGAGCACUCCAACAGGGAGUCUGACUUGUUCUUUUUGGAUCUUCAGACGCUUCAAGCUGAGGACGAGGGCUGGCUGGUGCUGGAUGUCACAGCAGCCAGUGACCGCUGGUUGCUGAACCGUAACAAGGACCUGGGACUCCGUCUCUAUGUGGAAACUGAGGAUGGGCACAGUGUGGAUCCUGGCCUGGCUGGCCUGCUGGGGCAACGGGCACCACGCUCCAGACAGCCUUUCAUGGUCACCUUCUUCAGGGCCAGCCCGAGUCCCAUCCGUGCCCCUCGGGCAGUCAGGCCACUAAAGAGGAGGCAGCCGAAGAAGACCAACGAGCUGCCGUACCCCAACAAACUCCCAGGGAUCUUUGAUGACGCUCACGGCUCCCACGGGCGGCAGGUGUGCCGUCGGCACGAGCUCUAUGUCAGCUUCCAGGACCUCGGCUGGCUGGACUGGGUCAUCGCCCCCCGAGGCUACUCGGCCUAUUACUGUGAGGGAGAGUGCUCCUUCCCGCUGGACUCCUGCAUGAACGCCACCAACCAUGCCAUCCUGCAGUCCCUGGUGCAUUUGAUGAAGCCAGACACAGUCCCCAAGGCAUGCUGUGCACCCACCAAGCUGAGCGCCACCUCUGUGCUCUACUAUGACAGCAGCAACAAUGUCAUCCUGCGCAAGCACCGCAACAUGGUGGUCAAGGCCUGCGGCUGCCACUGAGGCCCUCCACUUGCUCUGCUGCUGCUGUCCCUCCCCAUCUGGAUCAGGCUCCUCUCCAGAUGCAGGGGACCCUCAUAAGUGCUCAGGGCUCACUGUAAUGGGGAAACCCCUCCUUCCACUGCUCUCUCCUGCCAAGCUUCUUGUCUUUUCCAGGCUCUUCCACGCCUUUCUCCUGGGGUCUGUGGCAUUGAACGCCCCAACACUGCCAUCAAAGGGCCAAAUGCACAUAGCAGCCUCAGAGCUGUGCCUCCUUGGUUGGGGGCCUGCGCUGAAGUCCUGACAGAGGACCUGUCCAUGGCAUCGCUGGCCCAGGCUGUGGCCAACCCUGGAUGGUCUAAGGAGACUGCAACUGGCUGAAUGGGGCUCUGUACCAUUUACCACAGGGUCCGAGAUGGGCAGAAGGGUUCUGUCCCUUCUCAGGUCUACCACUUGGGCAUUUGUGGAGCAUAAUUGGGCAUGUACAUGUCCUGAGUUCGGUGUAUUAUUGGGUUCCACUGACUUGGCCCUUGGGCAUUGUUAG